AUGCAUCUUCCAUCGGAUUCAAAUCGGGUUGUUCGUCGGCCAGGGCAGAAGUGCAACCCGAUGCUGAGAGAACCAAGCUUGGGUGCUAAUGCUGACGUGAAUUGGGGAGUUAUCUUGCAACAAGAUUUCGGUGCCGAUUCUGAUGCCGGAAAGGCCCGAAAUGCCUAUUCUGACGUCCGAGAUGUGCACGGCGCAUACUAUUAUAGUUCGACAAUAGGACGAGUUUAUCUUCUCUGGUAUAAAACAUGA